AUGCUCGCACAAUCCACCUGGGCUCAUGACCUGUUCAUCGUCAGCCUUGUUGCACUUAUCACGUCUGUAGUGCGCUCAUAUGCUAGGCUGUAUUUUGAGCGUGCCAUACCAGAGUGGUCCAAGCUUGAUGAGUCCGUCAAAAGCCGCUUAGCCGUAGAGGUGGGCGUCGUCCCUUCUCGGAUUGUUCUCUUCUACCUCACUUUACCGCUGGUUCUCGCGGGAUUUUCUCCCAUGGAAUCAUGGACUGCCGAUGAUACGGCAACGUCCCUCACAUCGUGUGCAAUUCUGACCGGAUCCUAUAUCAUUGACCUUACUGUGACAAGGAAUGACAAGGCCUCAACGUUGCACCAUGUCAUGGGUCCAGCUCUACUUUUAUGGAUACGCCUCUGUUUCUCAUCGUUCACAUCCUCGGAUGCGCUUCUCUGCCGGCUGCUUAUCCAGUUUGUCUUCUUUGGAGCAACUAUUUCGGGUGCCACAACGACCGCCCUCGUCUUUCUGUACCAGUUCAGAAAGUCUUGGUUUCGCUCUUCUACCAGCAACGCUUAUUACUGCUUCACAUUGCUUCUCCCGGUGCUGGCCUUCUCAACGAUUGCUAGCACCUUCUACUGCACCAUCUAUCUCCUUGUGUGGUUCGACGAAGUCUUUGCUUAUUUUGGCCAUUGGGGCUAUCUCCCACUAGGAUGGGUGUUGAUUGAGUGUGGUAUGCAGUGGAAGUGGCUAAUGUGGUUCUACAAAUUUGAUGAGUGGUACCGCACGACGACGUAUGACAAUCCUGAGGAGUCGGACGAACUCAAGAAAAAAAUGGCCGGGGUUGCUACCGCGGCAUGGUGGCUGCCAAAAUGGCGGUUCGCAGCUAUCAGAUGUUUGGCCGCAGCAUGGUUCGCUACGGUUCUCGGAGUCACUUGGAAGACUGGUGAUGUGCAGUUCUUGGCCAGGCAAUUUGCCAGCUUUGUCUCGAAUGCUUGGCAAGAGGCAUUUGGACUCGGCUGGAACAGAUUCAAGAUCCAAGAGCAUGUUGAGCUGUAA